UUCCCACUCAUAGAUAUGGAUAGAAGAGUCUCGACCACGAAUACUUGUGAUGAAGAGUCUUACUUGGACGAGAAUGAUUCCUCCGCUGUUCUUAGCUACGUAAAGCAGAUGCUGAUGGAAGACGACACCGAGGAGAGGUACUCCAUGUUCCAAGAUUCCUUAGCUCUCCAACACACUGAGAGAGAAUUGUACGAGGUUAUUGCCAACAACAACCCUCCACCUCCACCUCCACCUUCUUAUUCUUCUUCUUCUUCUUCUUCCUCUUCCUCUUCCUCUUCCACUGUCCUUCACGUUCAUAACUAUCCCAGCGUGGAGAGCCCCGAUCAAAGCCUCUCUAGUACCUUCACUGAUUAUAGCAUUGGCAGUAGCAGUACCACCAAUUCCGCUGACUCUCCCUAUAGUGCUGAUGAACACAGCCCUAUUCUUCCUACUAACCUUCUUCCUCCCUCUAAUUCAACCCCCAACUUCACUACCCUCCACAAUCCCUUUCUUCAUUCUACUUUUCUACAGCAGUUCGAGAGAGGCGUGGAGCAAGGUACCCGCUUCCUUCCCAACACUAACUUUUUCCCUUCUUUCACAAACCCUCCGAAUGUGGUAAUCAAGACAGAAGAAGAAGAAGAAGAAGACUUUGUGUCAAGAGGAAGGAGAAUUCGUGAGCGUGAAGAGUACGAUUUAGAUGGAAGAAGCAGGAAACAAUCAGCAGCGUAUGUGGAUGAAAAUGAUCUACCUGAACUCUUUGAUAAAGUGCUUCUAAACACGGGGUUAGGAAAAGGUAAACCUCCAAACACGCCCCUCUACAACGAGACAAUAUUAACAAGCACGUUUGGUGGGAAGAGUGAGGAGGAAGUUGUGGAUCUGAGGACACAGUUGAUGCUUUGUGCACAGGCUAUUGCUUCUAAUAGUCCUUCAUUUGCUAGGCAGUUAAUAGAGCAGAUUAAGCAGCAUUCUUCUCCAAUAGGUGAUGACAUUCAGAGGCUUGCACAUUACUUUGGAAACGCCCUUGAAGCGCGUUUGGAUGGAAGCGGUUACCAGGUUUUCAGGGUUCUAUCCUCCAAAAGAACCACUGCUAAAGACAUGAUAAAAGCCUACCAUGUGUACGUUUCCGUGUGUCCGUUUGAGAAGCUAGCAAUCAGUUUCACCAACAACUCAAUUUUCAAUCGAACCCAGGAUAAGAAAACAAUUCACAUCAUAGACUUUGGUAUCCGCUAUGGCUUCAAGUGGCCUAAAUUCAUAAGCCGUCUAUCAAGUCGCCCCGGUGGGCAUCCCAAGGUUCGCAUCACGGGGAUAGAUCAGCCACAACCAGGUUUCAGACCUGAAGAGAGGGUGCACGAGACGGGGCGUAGACUCGCAAGUUAUUGCGAGCGUUUCAAUGUUCCAUUCGAGUUCAACGCAAUUGCACAGAGAUGGGACACCAUCAGAGUUGAGGACCUCAAGAUACAGACUAACGAAUUCGUGGCUGUGAAUUGCUUGUUUCAUUUUGAGCAUCUCCUUGAUGAGACCGUGGUGUUGAAUAAUCCAAGAGAUGCUGUUUUGAGGCUGAUCAAGAAGGCCAACCCUGACAUAUUUGUUCAUAGCAUUGUCAACGGAAGCUAUGAUGUACCCUUCUUCGUGUCACGCUUCAGGGAGGCUCUCUUUCAUUACUCUGCAUUGUUUGACAUGUUGGACACCACCGUUGGUCGUGAGGAUCCCAUGAGGUUAAUGUUUGAGAAGGAGUUGUAUGGUCGGGAGAUAAUGAACAUUGUGGCUUGUGAAGGUUGUGAUAGGAUUGAGAGGCCUCAGACAUACAAGCAGUGGCAGCUUCGGAACAUGAGAGCAGGGUUGAGGCCACUUCCUCUCGAUUGCAAAAUCAUUGAAAGAGUGAAGAAUAGGUUGAAAGAUGAUGGAUACAACCCUAGUUUCAAUCUAGAGGUGGAUGGCAACUGGAUGCUACAAAGUUGGAAGGGUCGAGUUCUGCAUGCUUCCUCUUGUUGGGUACCAGCAUAAUAGGCCUUGCACAUUCAGUAUCAUAUUAUUAAUUUCUUCCAAAUUAUCAAAUCUAGUCUUGUACAAAGCUACUACUUUCCUUGAAUCUCACUAGCUCAAUUUUUGUUUGAUAUGAGGAAAGACAAAAAUCAUGAGUUAGUUUCUUUCCACAUAUAUAUAGUUUGUUUAGUACUUACAUAUCUAACAAUUCAACAAAUAUAAUUGAGAGCCUUGAACGGUAUUGUAUUGCUAAUGUUA